AUGGCGACUGCCACCUUAGUAACGGACCACACGACUAGCGAAUACACCACCGUUGAUGAUCCGAUUGACAAACAAAAAGUCAAACGAUCGGGAGAUAAUGUGAGCAAACAAGAUGUAGAACUCGUAGUCAAGCGCGUCUUCGGACCUUCAACGAGACUAGUUGAUCACCACCUAAGAUCUUAUUCAAUGGAAAAAAUCGGUUUCAUGGGAACUCACCAGCAACUCAUUGUUACGGUCGAGCGAGAAAACGGCCACAAGGAGGUAUGCACCUUUUUUUUGAAAGGCAUACCUUACGAGCUGGAGGAGCAAGCGUCCGUCAUCGAGGAGAGCCGAGCCUUCUACAAGGAAGCCCAUUUUUACGAGUACAUGGUGCCCGAACUGGUAAAAAGCAUCAAAGACGCGUCGUGGGUGCCACGGUGCUACCUCAUCAAGGACAACGUUCUACUGAUGGAGGAUCUCAAGUCGAUGAACUUCGUCAUGAGGGACAAGCCCUUGGACACAGCAACGUUGAAGUCCGCCCUGACGGCGCUGGGGAAGAUGCACGCGGCAUCGGUGCUGGCCGAGAAACGAAUGGGCAAGAGCUUUUUCGAGCUGUACCCGGACGUGUUCACCGAGAUGCUUUUCGCGGAGAAGGGCAGGCUGCACAACUUGUGGUUCAAAAACGGGAUUCAAGCGGCCGCUACCGUGGCCAAGAGCCUGGGCUUGGACCACACCUGCGUGCCCAAGGUGUGCCAAAAGAUUUUCGAGGCUCUAGUGGCUUCGAAAAAGUGGCGGAACGUCGUUUGCCACGGCGACCAGUGGUCCAACAAUUUGUUGUUCGACGAGUCCCAGCCCCUUCCGCGUUGCCGGUUGGUAGAUUUCCAGACGAUACGCUACGUGCCUCCAACCGCGGACUUGGCGCAAUUGUUUUACUUGACUAUGGAAAAAACGGUUCGCGAGGCAAACGAAGAGGGACUCUUGGGGCACUACCACCAAGUCUUUUGCGCGACACUGAUGGCGAACGACGAGGAGGUGAGUAGGCCUUCGUUCGAAGAAAUUGUCCGCGAAUACGAGGACAUGAGGAUCUUUGGGGUCGUGUCUUCGGUCGUUUAUUGCCCGGUUAUACUUUUGGACAGCAGUUUAUGCGCGGAAUGGACCAAGGAUUCGGACAAUUACAUCAAGUUCAUGUUCAUGGACCGCUCGGAUGUGAUUUUGGAUUACAUGCAACGUAACUCGGUGUACAAAAAAAUUGUCUCGGAAAGCAUUGGGGAGUUAAUUCAAAGGUCGAAAAAGUUGCUGGAACAAAAAUUUGUGUAG